UUGGGGCAUAAAAAUGGUUGUUGCGUAAUCUUGAUUGACCUUCGACAUUAGUUUGUUUUAGUUUGUAGGAUCAUUCUUUCCCAUCUGGGGUGUGAAUAGGGGGUAACACAAAGGAACCGUUAUCAUGACAGCAAUUAUCGAAAAGUUAUGUUAAAUGAAUUACCGUCCAACUACCUUGAGAGACAAUACUACUACUAUUAAUCCAUCAAAUCAUCCAAUCGACCUUCAUGAAACACCUAAAAGGCGAUGUGGAGAUUCCUCUGGGGAUUGGACGAACCUAGAAGAUUGUAAACUUCUAGAUCACGUUUCUCGACAUGGUGAAAGUCGUUGGCAUCUUAUUGGAAAAAGGCUAGGUAAACCAGCUUCACAGUGUUCUGAAAGAUACUUAAAACAUUUAUUCCCACAAAUGUCAAGAUCUAGUAAAACUUAUACAACUUUACUACAGCAUAGUGUAUUACCCCAAGCUGUUCUGACUUCUGAACAGAAUUUAAUUUGGACAAAAGAGGAUGAUUCAGCUUUAAUCCAAUUGCAUUUAACUCAUGGAUCAAAUUGGGAGUUGAUAGCUAAUCGUUUAACUACGCAAGGCAAUUGUUCACAAAAGAAGAUUACUGCUUGGGAUGUAAGACAAAGAUAUGAACAAGUUGUACAAAAGUAUUGGCCAUUAGAUGAUCAAGAAAAUCGUCCAUUAUCUAGUCUAUUAUUUCGUAAUUCCUUAGUAUCUUGGUCAAGCAAUUCGAAAAAUAAUAAUAGUAAUAAUAAUAGCAAUAGUAAUAUUGUUAUCUCAAAUCCCGGUGAUCAACCAUUGAAUAAGACUUCCCGACCUGCUUACAUAAUCUCUCUCUCCUCAUUAAAGUCGAAUUCAGAAGUAACUGCAACAACCAAAACGGGCAGUUGGACAAUUCGUUUAAUCCAACCUACGCAUGAUUCAGGAGUAGGUGUUACAAAGUUCAGUGAAUCUGGUCUAUCAAAUGUUUCACAAUCUGCAAGUAAUUCCCAACAAUCACUCAAAUGUUCGGCUGUGACGACUCUGGCCAACAGCUCCCUCAAUUCCCUGUUGUCUACAUCUACUCCAGUGGAUUUAAUUAAAGACAAUCCAUAUAGUGGUGGUAGUAGUAGUAGUUAUAGUCCAGAUAAAAAACUUGACUUCAGUCUUUCAUCUUUCAUUAAACAUGAAUCUCCUUUAAUACAUCUUGGAUCAGAUUUUGACGAUCUCACUGGUUCUUCAUCUUCUGCAUACAGUCUGCCUAAUGAAUAUUCUUCAAGAUUAACUAUUUCACCAGUACUUGGUGGUGGUGGUGGUGGUGAUGGUGAUGAUGAUGAUCAGACACCAACAGGAGGAGGAGGAGAAGGAAUAGUAUCCAAUGAUUUAUUCAAUGUUCUGACGACUUCUGUUGAUGAUCAUCAACAGGAUUUUGUUAUACAAACACCUACAAAAGCUAUAAGUGAAGCUGAUCAAUUAUCAUUUCAUUUAGCCAGUCCACCAGUUGUUCUUGGCAUUGAAGGACGAUAUGCUUUUAAUAAUAGUAGUAGUAGUAGUAUUAGUAGUAAAUUUGAUAUAGACAAAACACCGGAUAGUCAAUCAUAUACAAAAUACAAGGAAGAGGAUACAUCUUUACAAAGGCGGAGACCUUUAUGUACCAAAUUGUUUGCUGACACUCCACAGAGUGCUGCCUCAUCAUCGCAUUCAUCAUCUACAGAAAAUAGCAAUAAUAAUAUAAUAAUAAUCGGUUAA